GAGCUCAAUCGGUUUGUUCUGAACGAGAACUGCGGGAUCUUCAGUCUUCAUUCACGUGUCUAGGCGUCAACAGUUCGGGGUGGCCAAUCGUGCAUUCGUCAUGAUGCGGCAGCUAUCGGUAUUAUUAUUUUUUGUAGUGCUUCUGUGGGCGAUAGAAUCUCACGCCGGUAAUUGGAGAAGAUACUCCUAUUGGCAUUCGGGUAACUUUCACAGAGACUUCAAAUUUUCAGUCAAAUCGUGCCGGAUCCGUAGUGAUCCUUCGAUCAGGGGAAGAUGCGUUCCGGUGGAGCAGUGCCGUCAAAUGUUUUCCAAUCUCGUCAGCUUGCAGUUUCAGCCGAAUUUCUCGUACAAAGACUAUUUGGACGAACGAAUUUGUGAUUACGGAGCGAAUGGUUCCAUUCACAUUUGCUGUGCCGAUGAAUCCUCCAGGAAUUAUUACAACCACCGGAAACAACAGGCACGCCGUUCCUGUCUAUCGUUUCGCAAUGUUCAGGGCACGUGUACCCAAUUGGAAUCGUGCCCUUCUAUUUACAACUGUAGCAUGGAGUUGCAACGGAACUACAAUCCCACGUUGCAUCUGCACUUGACGCAAAGCUUCUGCUACCAAGACAAUGGUAAAGUCUACGUGUGUUGUGACGAUCAUGUCACAACUCCGAUGAAAUUGGCCAAGAAGCAAGGAUGGCGAAAGUGCGAAACUCCGUUUUUAGAUGCGGGAAAAUGUGUUCCCGCGAGCCGUUGUGGUCUGAUUGGGGACAAAGAGCAAGUCCCAGAAGAAUUCCAAGCGUUUAUGGUGGGCUGCGAGCAGCUGAAGAAUGUUGAUCAUAUGUGUUGUCCAACGCUCGAGGUCCAGUAUGACACUCAGUUAGGAAAACAGUGCGAUACGGACGAUGGGAAAACGGGCCUUUGCGUGGAGUUGGAUCGAUGUGAAGAUGCUUUGAAUGCUGGUGAUAUAUAUGUGGAGAAGAACUGGUGCUAUACGAAUCUAGACCAAGUGGAAUAUGUAUGCUGUCCAAAAAGAAAAGUGUUGAAAGUUCCAGAGAAAACCUUCAAAGUUGUAAGCCGCCUCGGAGAGGAUGCUCCUGUAUGCACCACUCCAAACAGCACAGUUGGACGCUGUGUAGCUUUGGCAGAUUGUGCUCCUAUUGUUACCCUGUUACGUGAUGCUGCGGCUGCCAAACGAGCCGUAACUCCUGCACAAGCCAACUUCCUGAGGAGCAGUGUAUGUUCACCGGGGACUACUACGACCAGCACGUACUACGUAUGUUGCGAUGAAACGGAUCUGCAACUACAGACCCCUACCACUUCAACGGCUCCAACAACGGUCACCGCAACCAACGUCGCCACAGAUAUUGCCAAUCAUCCCAACGCCCGGUUGCUCAAUCCAACCAACUGUGGCAGAACCAAUCUGGACGAUAAGAUUGCCUUUGGUGAGCGAGCUCCCAUGUAUCAGUAUCCUUGGAUGGCCAUGCUUAUUUACCGAUCAGCGACUGGUCGGGAAGGCCCCGAAUGCGGAGGAACGGUCAUCAACAACCGUUACAUCCUGACGGCGGCACAUUGUAUUGAUGGGCAGGUUGAGCGGCUACUAUACAUCCGCUUGGGGGAGUACGACACCCGGACAGACCCAGAUUGCGACGAAUACCAGGACUGUGCCCCUCCGUACCAGCAGUACAUGGUAGAGGAGUCACUCUUUCAUCCGAAUUUCACCAGGGUGGUUCGAUCCGGAAACGACAUUGGCUUGCUGCGGGUCAAUCGGGUCAUCGAGUUCAACACCAACGACAUCAUGCCCAUCUGUUUGCCAAUUUCCAACUCGCUGAUUGGGUUCGAUCCGGCCCUGUUUUGGAUUACCGGUUGGGGGCUGACGGAACGGCUGGAGAACAGUCCCAUACUGCUGCAAACACGUAUUCCAUCGAUUCAGUGCAGUCUGAGUAGCCGUUCGAUCUGUGCUGGGUUUGGCAAUGGGACACUGCACUGUCGGGGUGACUCUGGCGGACCGAUGAAGGUGCAGGUUCCCGAGUUUAACUUCCGAUACGUGCAGUAUGGCAUCAUAUCGGCUGGACCAGGGUGUGGGGUGCCUGGAACGCCGGGUGUUAGCACGCGGGUGUCGUUCUUUGUGCAAUGGAUAUUGGAUAGCAUUCGGGAGUGAUUAUUUGUUCGCAGGGAUUUGAUAAAUAAAAACAAUGGUUCACCGUAAUCAA